AUGCCCCCCGCCCCUCCCCCAUUCCUGUCCCAGGCUAUCGUGAUGGGCGAUUAUGUCUUCUGCUCCGGUCAAAUUGGCAGUAACCCCGAGACUGGUGCCCUCGUGCAAGGCUCUAUUCAAGAUCGGACUAGACAAAUCAUGUCCAACCUCCGCGCUGUUCUGGAAUCUGCAGGAACAAGCUUGGAUAAUGUGGUCAAGUGCAACAUUUUCCUCACCAGCAUGAGCGACUUUGCUGCUGUCACCGAGGUGUAUACAACUUUCUUUUCUGCCCCGAUGCCGGCGCGUACAUGCGUUUGUGUGGCGGCGUUGCCGAUGGGUACUGAUGUUGAGAUUGAGUGUAUCGCUGGUGUGCGAAGCUCUACUAGCGAGAAGCUGUGA